AUGGUCAUCGUCGAUCGAGCAAUGUUGGAGAAGGAUAUCUGUCAUGGGAGAGAGAAGAUUAAAAGUUCAGAUAUAGUUUCUUCCAUGGAUGGAUUGGGAUGGGUCGACUUUUCAGAAAUUGAAGCAAAAUCAUUGCCUUCGUGGAACAAUCAGCGAAACGAUAUGGAGGAUGGUUGUUUCUCAAUUCCCAACUCUUCAAAUUCUUCCAUGUAUGGUGCCAAAAUCGAUGAUCUGCCAGAGGAUAUCUUCUGGGAAGAUGCUUUAACACAAGGGCUUUGCUUUUCUCCUUUGAUGAAUAGAGCUUAUGGUAAUCAGGUUCACUCACAAGUCAUCAUUGGUGGUGGUAGAACAGCAGGCUCUCUCGAGUCCUUUGAUUGUUUGAUGUCUGGUACUAAUAGCAACACUGAUACAUGUGAAGAUGAUGGGAUUUCCAAUUUUUCUGGUUGUAAAAGUCUAUGGAACUUCGCUGCUAGCAGUGCAGUUUCAUCAGGAGAGUCUGAAAACAGUGGCUCAAAUACGGGAAGCAAAGAUUUCAAUUGUCUGGUAAACGAGCUCGACGAAAUAGUGUCCCAAAAUGCUUCAGACCCAUCACAAACAAAGUCUAGUAAUUCUUCAAAGAGAAAGAAUGAUCAAAGUGAGUUAAAUUUCGGUUUCUUCAAUCUCCUUCAUACUGACUCUUCUGCAACAGAAGGUGGUUUUAGGCUCAUCCCGGAUAACCCACCGAAAGCAAAGAAAAUCAGAUCGGAAAAGCAUCCGAGCUCAUCGAAUAUCAACUUUCAGCAGCCUGCAAGUUCAUCAGUAUCUUCUUCCAUUGAAGAACCUGAUCCAGAGGCCAUUGCACAGAUGAAAGAGAUGAUUUAUCGAGCUGCAGCAUUCAGGCCGAUGAACUUAGGGUUGGAAGUGGUGGAGAAAUCGAAGAGGAAGAACGUCAGGAUAUCGACGGAUCCACAAACCGUCGCAGCAAGGCAAAGGAGGGAGAGGAUAAGUGAGAGAAUUAGGGUUUUGCAGAAGCUGGUUCCUGGUGGAACCAAGAUGGAUACUGCUUCAAUGCUUGAUGAGGCUGCAAAUUAUCUAAAGUUCCUUAGGUCCCAAGUCAAGGCACUAGAAAACUUAGGCAACAAGCUUGACCCAAUGCAUUGUCCCCCUCAUGACCUUGCUUUCUCUUCUUUACCACUCCAAACCCUAAUCAUAUCAACCAUCCACAGGGUUGAAAAAAACAAACUAUUGUAUCAUCACUUCAUAACCCUCCAUUAA